UGUUUCUAUAACACACCGGAAGUACAACCAAUUCAAUCCAGGACUAGUUUUACUUGUUUGUAAAUGUUCAUGUAUUUGUUAUUAUAAUUUUAUCAGUUUGUGUGUAUCGAAUUCACCGCGUUGUUAAACUGUAUGACUAUUAAUAUAUUUAUUGGACAUUAAAAUUUGCUUAUGCGGCGGAAAUAUCAACUAAUCCCCAUAGAUCCUCGGUGUGUAGUAUGAGCCGAGCUCCUGAAUACUGAGCAGAGCUCCUGAAUACUGAAUACUGAGCAGAGCUCCUGAAUACUGAAUACUGAGCAGGAUUUGUGCAUUAUGCUGAUUUCCGGUAUUCAUGCGAAAAAGGAUAUACGGAUAAUUGUGCGGUUUGCUGCUUUUACUCGAGUAUUGGCGCUAAUUUUGCAGGCUGUGCUAAAUGCCCUAAUCCCUGAUCAUCAAGCAGAUGCCUUCAGUCCUCCUCGGGCAGAGGAGCCACUCAUCUUGGACCAUGCCGUCGAGAUGCUCUUCAGUGGCUUGGGUCGCUGGGAUGCUGAACAUUUUCUAUUCAUCGCAGAGCAUGGCUACCUGUAUGAGCACAACUUUGCUUUCUUCCCACUCUUUCCACUGGUCCUGCGUUCGGUAGCGACCCUCUUGCUUUGGCCUCUGAGUCCCGUUCUAACACUACAUGGACGUUUACUUGUGAUGGUGGCUAUUGCUAAUAGCACACUCUUUGUGACGAGUGCACUGGCACUUUAUGGACUCAGCCGUCUGGUUUUACAGGACAGAAAGCUUGCCUUGAUCUCAAGUCUUAUCUACUGUCUCACGCCAGCCAACGUUUUUAUGGUAGCGGGCUAUUCCGAAAGUCUUUUUGCACUUCUCACCUUUGGUGGUUUGUGUUUAUUGGAGAGGGGCUUUACAAUUGGAGCGUGUCUCCUUCUAGGUCUUGCCACUGCAGCACGUGCUAAUGGACUUGUGAAUGCUGGCUUUCUGUUAUACCUGCCCCUGCAGCGGAGUCUCAAUCAGGUGUUUAAUAAAGGAUCUGCAUUUCGCUACAGUCAAGCAGCUCUGAGAUUUUUGCUUACAUCUCCAAUUUAUGUUACAGUCAUUGUCCUACCAUUUUGCCUCUUCCAGUUUUAUGGCUAUUACACAUUCUGUGCACCAUCUCUGACCAAGGAACAGAUUUCUCCUGCUUUACUCAACCUGGCCAGGGAGAAAGGAUACAGAGUUCCUGAUGCAGCAACGCCAACACCAAGCUGGUGCAUUAAACCUGUUCCAGUGCUUUACUCCUACAUUCAAGAUGUUUACUGGGAUGUCGGUUUCCUUCGUUAUUUCCAGUUAAAGCAGAUACCCAACUUCCUCUUGGCAUUUCCAGUUGCCGCACUGGGUGCACUGGCAUCAUACCUGUACAUAAGAGCUAAUCCACGUUUUUGUUUGUGUCUCGGCAUGGGGGAGAUGGGAAAGGAAAAGAGAGAAGGAAAACCACCAACUGGCCUCUACUGCCCAAAGGUGUUUGUGUACAUCGUUCACUGUUCUGUAUUGUUAACGUUCGGCAUAUUCUGCAUGCAUGUUCAGGUGCUUACCCGUUUUCUAGCCUCAUCUACGCCAGUCAUUUAUUGGAUUAGUGGUCACCUACUUCUUUCCUGCGAACCCUUAUUAAAAGAAGAUAAAUACUUGACUUAUGGCCAACGACAAAACACUUUGGAACAGCACAUUUGUCAGUUUUCCCUAAUGUACAUUACCAACCCCAUCACUCAGCUCCUGGUGCGCUGGAGGACUUGCUCCUUUCCCACCCAAUGCAUUCUGGGAUACUUUAUCUCAUAUUGGCUGUUAGGUUUGGCUCUGCAUUGCAACUUCCUACCUUGGACGUGAUUGAAAAGAUAUGAUAUAGAAGGACUCUGUUUUGUUGUGAGCCACAUUUGUGCAUCUGCAGUAACUCUAGUUUCUGUUUGUGGAUUCUCAUGAAGGUCUGCUUUACACAAUUAUUUUUACGAUGUUGGUCUUCAUGUAAGAUGUCAGCUGUUGUACUGAGGACCAUGAUUGUUUUGGCUAUUUAUUUCAAUAAAAGUUUUUUUACUUAA